GAGUCGCACGGGUGUCUCGCUGACCGUGGCUCAUCCAAAAGGACCAUGGGGAGUCUCCAACUGUACCCGCCACUCCCGCCGAACAUCCUCCGCCGUCACGAGCCGGCGGCCCCCCCGGCCAAGGCGUCGCACAUUCGGUGCGCAUUGAGCAAGCACGGCCAGCGGUUGCUCCGCAACCUCUCCGCCGCCGCCGGAGAUGCCGCAGCGGCGGACAGGCUGAUGAGGAAGUUCGUCGCGAGCUCGCCCAAAUCCGCCUCGCUCAACGCUCUCUCCCACCUCCUCCCUCAUCCCCACCUCUCCUCUCUCGCUCUCCCUUUCUAUGCGAAGAUCCGUGAAGCGUCAUGGUUCAGGUGGAACGCCAAGCUAGCUGCGGACCUCAUCGCCUCGCUCGAGAAGCAGGGAUUGACCGCAGAAUCGGAGAGCCUCGCUGCCGAAGCAAUUGCUAAACUAGGGCUAAGAGACAGAGACACUGCGCUUUUGUACUGCAAUUUGCUUGAUUCCCUUUCCGAAUUGAGAUCUGAGAGAGGGUUCGAUACUUACCUCUCUCGUUUGAAGCAGAUCGUGCAUGAUUCCUCCUCGGCUUAUGUAAAACGCAGAGGUUACGAGUCUAUGAUCAAAGGUCUAAGCAAGAUGGGGCGGCCAGGUGAGGCGGAGGGCUUGAUGGAUGAGAUGAGAUUAAUAGGAAUUGCAGUAUCUGAUUUUGAGGUUAGAGCUGUUAUGUACGGAUAUGGGAAGCUUGGGCUGUUUGAUGAUAUGAGCAGAAACGUAGACAAAAUGGACGCACAAGGAUUCGAGAUCGACACGGUUUGCGCCAACAUGGUUCUCUCGUCUUAUGGGAACAGCCAUGACCUGUCCAGAAUGCUGUCGUGGCUUCGCCGAAUGAAGACGACAGCAAUUCCCUUUUCGAUCAGGACUUACAACACGGUCUCGAACUCUUGUCCAACGAUCUCGUUGCUGCUGCAAGAUUCCUCUAGCCUUCCGCUGUCGAUCGAGGAGCUGAACAGGGCUUUGGAUGGCGAAGAAGGCAUGCUGGUCAAGGAACUGGUCGACUCGCCAGUUCUGAGCGAGGCAAUGGAGUGGGAUCCAUUGGAGGCGAAGUUGGAUCUGCACAGAAUGCACCUGGGCUCUGCUUACCUGAUCAUGUUGCAGUGGGUGGAAGAGAUGCAACGCAGGCUCAAUGGCGGAGAAUAUGUGAUUCCAGCAGAGGUUACAGUGGUUUGUGGGUCGGGGAAACAUAGUUCCAUCAGAGGGGAAUCGCCGGUGAAGCAGAUGGUCAAGGCAAUGCUCGGUCGGCUGAAAAGUCCAAUGAGGAUUGAUCGGAGGAACGUCGGUUGUUUUGUUGCCAAGGGAAGAGUUCUCAAGAAAUGGUUAUGUGCGGAUUCAGGAGGAAUAGAGGCAGCAGGAGAGUAGAAUGUCAAAGAAGUGACCUUAGGUCAUCAGGAAGAAUUGAGGAAAAUUGUGAAUAGUAUCCUUGGUACGAAGAAAGGAAAAUUAUGAGAAUGGUGAAGUUAUCCUUUUUCGACUUAGCAUGUGACGUGAAUGUGCCUGGUGACCGCAUGCCCGGAUGCAAUCACGAAAUGUCUUGCACCUGCUCUAGAGGUCGAUCACGGCAUUAUAGUGUCUCUUCACACUCGUGUCCCAAAGGACCCAGGAGAUUGAGUAGUACAUACAGGCGCUUGUCCUC